AUGACGGAACAAGUCGGGGAUCGCCACUCGAUGGCUCGCCGACGGCCGAAUUUCUCGACUCGCACCGCUCAAGAAGAUGACUCGCGCCUCGCUCCCGGUGACUCGGGCCCUGGCGUGUCCGACGAUCGAAGCAGUUUCUUUCCCUGGGCACCCACCAUUUGGUCUCGUCCAUAUGAGCCAUUGAACUCGUCUUCGGAGCCGGCGGAGCGCCAACGCCAUUCAUUACCGGCCAACUUCUUCCGUGAAUUCUCUCGGUGGUGGAGCAAAGAUCCGGAGAAUGAACAAGACGAUGAACAGAAUGGAGAGAGAAUAUUUUCCCAUGUACCUUUGUCUGCAGGCCCUCUCCGUGAAUCCAGCGCCGAUAAGAAAGACAAGAAUGGCCAUCGAUCCCGCUCGGUGGAUGAGCCUAAGAAGCUCGGCACCUUUUCUGGUGUCUUUGUUCCGACAACCUUGAAUGUUCUCAGCAUCCUCAUGUUCCUUCGCUUCGGAUUUAUUCUUGGCCAGGCCGGGGUGUUGGGGUUACUUAUUGUCUCGUACACCAUCAAUCUGGUUACAACGAUGUCUCUUUCUGCAAUUGCAACUAACGGGACUGUUCGAGGCGGCGGCGCCUACUAUCUGAUUUCUCGAUCUUUAGGGCCCGAAUUUGGGGGCUCUAUCGGGAUAGUAUUUUACUUAGGCUACGUGUUCAACACCGGCAUGAAUGCUGUCGGUCUUGUGGACUGCUUUACCCAAAACUUUGGCACCAAGUCUGGCACUUGGGCCAACUUCCUCGAGGAAGGCUUUUGGUGGCAGUACCUAUGGGGAACCGUCAUUCUUCUUCUUUGCACGGGAAUUUGCCUGGCAGGAAGCUCGAUUUUUGCAAGAGCAAGUAACGGACUCUUAGUGAUCUUGCUUGUGGCAACUUUCAGCAUUCCAUUGUCUGCUCUUCUUGCGAAGCCCUUCUACUCUCCUCACCUGGGGGUUGAGUUUACCGGUCUUCGUGUCAAGACCCUCCUUGGGAAUCUCAAACCUCACUUGACCAAAGGUGCUGCGGGCAGCCAAAUGAAGAAGAGGGAGAACUUUCAAGAUCUUUUUGGCAUUCUCUUUCCUGCCACGGGAGGCAUUUUCGCCGGCGCAAGCAUGUCAGGGGAUUUGAAUAACCCGAGCAAGUCUAUCCCCAAGGGCACCUUGUCGGGGUUGGCCUUGACGUUUAUCACGUAUACACUUGUCAUCUUUGCCAUGGCGGCCUCGGUCACCCGAGAAUCAUUAUAUAACAACGUCAACGUCAUUCAAAUAACAAAUUCCUCCGAUUCCGUUAUUCUCCUUGGAGAAUUUGCAACCAGUUUCUUCUCUGCCUUAAUGGGUGUUAUUGGAUCCGCGAAGCUUCUACAGGCGAUUGCCCGAGAUAGCCUGCUUCCUGGCCUGAGCAUCUUUGGCCGAGGAGCCAGCAAGAGCGACGAGCCUAUCUAUGCUAUCAUUGUGACUUACGUAUUCGCGCAACUGACAAUGCUCUUCGAUAUCAACCGCAUUGCAUCGUUCGUGACCAUGACCUACUUGAUGACAUUUCUCGUGACCAACCUGGCCUGUUUUCUCUUGAAAAUAGGGUCUGCGCCUAAUUUUCGGCCAUCUUUCCACUACUUCAAUUGGCAGACUGCAGCAGCCGGCACACUGGUUAGCGGAGUCAGCAUGUUCUUCGUGGAUGGCCUGUAUGCCACGGGCUGUGUGGGAAUUUUGCUCAUGCUUUUUCUCCUGAUCCAUUACAACUCGCCGCCCAAGCCAUGGGGAGAUGUCAGUCAGAGUCUCAUCUACCAUCAGGUACGAAAAUACCUGCUGCGUUUGCGCCAGGAGCAUGUCAAAUUCUGGCGGCCCCAGAUUUUGCUCUUUGUGAGCGAUCUCGACAGACAGUACAAAAUGGUCUCCUUUUGCAAUUCGCUGAAGAAAGGGUCGCUGUUUGUACUCGGCCACGUUUUGGUAACCGACGAUUUCUCCGCCGCCGUUCCAGAGGCUCGCCGCCAGCAGACCGCGUGGACGAAACUUGUCGAAUACUCCCGGAUCAAAGCCUUUGUGAACAUCGCCAUAUCCCCCGCCGCAGAAUGGGGCAUGCGGAAUAUCGUCUUGAACUCUGGCCUGGGAGGCAUGCGACCCAACAUUGUUAUCCUCGACCAAUUCCGGCAAGAUCAGUCACUGGUUGAAACCGUAUCCUCGGGUACCCACCGCAGAGAUUCCAAGGUCCGACGUCGUUCGUCCUAUUCUGAACCGCAAAAUGAAGAACAUCAUGAGACAGGCGGGCCUGAUACGCCGAUGAGCAGGAAAAGCUACGUAACGAUUUUGGAAGAUCUCCUGUUCAAGCUUCGCAUCAAUGUUGCUGUCGCCAAGGGUUUUGAAGAUCUUGAACUACCCGAUCCCCAUGAUCGACAUACCAAGAAGUAUAUUGAUCUGUGGCCGAUUCAGAUGUCUGCCGAGCUCGGGGCCGAUACAGAAAGUAAGAAGAACGUGUUGACCACGAACUUCGACACAUAUACCCUGAUUCUUCAACUCGGCUGCAUUCUCAAUACUGUGCCUUCGUGGAAGAAGACAUACACAUUACGGGUGGCCGUAUUUGUUGAAUACGAGACCGACGUGGAUGAAGAAAGAGGGAGAGUAGAAGCAUUGCUCGAGAAAUUGCGGAUCCAAGCCGAAGUCUUGGUGUUCUGGCUUGCGCGUGGUGAUUUGAAGACAUACUGUGUUGUUGUCAACGGGGACACCUCACUAGAGACAGCCGAUGCCCGGGAGAAUGUGCAUGCAACUCUACGAGAUGAGGAUUGGUGGCACGGGAUCUUGCGUGCUCGCAACCCGCUCCCGAAUCUGCAGGACCCGGAGAGCCCAAGUGAAGACAUGCGUUUAGACAAAGUGCCAAGCUGGCAAGGCCCAUCUAGCCAGGAAAGUGGAGCGAAGCCGUUAUAUCAACGAGUGACGGGGUUGCGGAAGUUGAUCCAGUCUCGACGCCGACGAUCUGUGUCGAGCUUCCGGGCCCUGGGAGCGGUCAAUCUGGGCAUGCAAACCCAUCGCCUGUUGGACGCGUUUGUGGACUAUGAUGGCUCCGACCCGUCUAGCGAUAGUGACGACAGCGAUUUGGACCCCUACGUGAGCGACCCGGAAAUCGACGACGGCGACGAGGACAAUGACCCGGCAGACAAGUUGGCUAGCCGGGACGAGAACGGGGCCAGCAAAGAUCGCAAUCCGGGCGACCGUUCCUCGACCGGCCCACCAGCGCCGUCUGGCCCUUCAGCCCAGAGAGACACCACGUCCCAGCAAAUCCCAUCCAUCAUUGCAACCGACGAGAGUACCUCACCCAAGAGCAAGUCCCCUGCACCUCGACCUACUAUGAGCCGCUCCGCGUCCAGCAACCGGUUCAGCUCCUCGCCUAUCCCCGAAGCUAAAGUCAAUACGGACGCAGAAGAGAGCGCCGGUCCCUCGAUCAUGUUUGCCGCGGAAUCAUCUCCUCCGCGAUUCCAAAAACUUGACUCUAUCUAUGCUCAGCGCCCCUCUGCUGUGUCCCCGAUUUCCCCGAGCGCGUACAGCAGCCAGACUGCAUCAGGGUUUCCCGGCAUGGCUGCGGUGCCCCUGUCUUUCAACGACCUGCCCAGCCGCGCGCAGCAUUUGAUUCUGAACGAGCUGAUGGUGCAGCAGAGCGGAGAAACAGCGGUGAUUUUUACAACACUGCCGUCUCCGGUGGAGGGCACAUCGCAGCGUGAGGAGGACAGUGCGUCCUACUUGAGCGACUUGGAGGUGCUGUGGCAGGGACUGCCACCGUGUUUGCUGGUGCACAGCAAUAGCAUGACAGUGACGAUGAAUCUGUGA